AUGAACGGAACGACCCACGCGAGAGGCCCCUCGCCUCCCAAGACGGCUUUACUGUCGGUCGACUUCAUCAUCGUCGGCGGCGGCAUCGCCGGGCUCGCGUGCGCCGUCGCGCUCAGACGCGUGGGCCACCGCGUCACCGUGUUGGAGAGAGAGGUCGACUUCGACGCCUCGUCCCAAAACUCCGGCGGCACGCGCAUGCCCCCGAACAUGACCAAAAUCUUCUACCACUGGGGCAUGGGCGACAAGCUCAAGCAGAUCGCCUCCAUCUCAGAAUGCGUCUACCUCCAGCGCCUCGACUCUGCAUACAUGCUCGGCGCGCACCGAUGGGACAAGGAAAUGCUGAACGAGGCCGGGGGCGAGUUUAUGUUUCUCCAUCAUAGUAGGCUGCGCAAGAUGCUCUUGGAGACCGCGCUCGAGCUCGGCGCAAAGGUGCGCACCAACGCCCGCGUUUCGUCGGUGGACGCGGAGGCCCACACCGUGACACUGAGCACGGGCGAGGUGCUCAAGGGCGACAUCGUCAUCGGCGCGGACGGCGCCAAGGGCGUCUGCCGGGCGGAGGUACUGGGAUCAAAUGACUCUGUCAAGCCGACAGGUCUCAUGAUGUUCAACGCUGUCAUUCCAGGGGAGCAGAUGCGCGCAGACCCAGAACUAGCAGAGCUGCUGAAGCAGGAGCUGGUCACGCAGUUUGUCUGGUUCGGCGACAAGCACUGCGCGCUGUGCUUCCGAAUAGGCGAGAACGACGACUGUGCCUUGUACUUCUACGCCCCAGACGACGGAUCGAGCACUAGCGACGUCUGGAACGACGUCGUAUCCGCCGAUGUCCUGUCGAGUCACGUAACGGGAUCAGAACCAAGGCUGCAGAAAAUGGCUAGGCUCGUGAACCCGGCGCGCAUGCAGGUGACCGAGCGCUCGGACCUCGACGACUGGGUGCACGAUAGCGGGCGGCUGCUCGUCGUCGGCGAGGCCGCGCACCCCUACCCGCCAGGGUCGAUCCAGGCGGGCAGCAUGAGCCUGGAGGAUGCCUCGGUCCUCGCGAAGCUCUUCUCGCACCUCCGCUCGGAGGACCAGAUCGAGAGCUUCCUGUACGCCUUCCAGGACCUGCGCCAGCCGCGCUGCUCGAAGAACCGCGUGCUCGACAUGGCGAAUAUCUACUUCAUGACGCUCCCCGCGGGGCCCGAGACGCGCAUGCGCGACACCGUCAUGCGCGCCAAGUUCGACAGGGGCCUCAACGUGCUCGAUAGCGACGAGUCCGACGGCACCACCGCGCAGUGGGACGAGAACCGCGAGAUAUUCGGGUACGACGCCGAGGACGAGGCGGAUAACUGGUGGGUCCAGUGGGGCCUCCUCCGUGAGCGCGCCAAGGCGCGCGAGAUGGAGUUCGAGAUGGACAUACAGGUGCAGCACUCUGACGGCCACUGA